GCAAUCGGCAAAGUGUCCUCUGUCUUCGUCCGCGUCGUCGUUGUCUUUACCUUCGUCGUUUACUUUGAGCUGGCAGCGUGAUCUCGCGAAAGCGUCUCGGAGCACCGUAGCGCAGCGCUUCUAAUACGCGGGUCAGCAUGAGCAGGGAAGGGUUUUAGCAACGGGCGGACGCGAAACUAAGAACGCAUGCCUAAAUCAGCCUGGGAAGCGGAUAACUUGCUGGUAAGCGGCUAACGGGUCACUUCUAGGGGAUAAUAGAUCGCCGACUGGUGUCCCGAAGAUUCAUCAGAAAACUGGUCGAUUCUCAUGGCAGCGCGGAAACUCGCAGCUCUCUUCGCCGCGGUCUUACAACUUUGCUUAUGCCAAAUCACCCCGGAAGUGUUACCCGAGUUCUUAGCUCCUUUGGAAAAUCACACGGUGAUCCAAGGUCGCGACGUCUUCUUCACCUGCGUCGUUAAUCAUCUGCAAUCUUACAAGGUAGCCUGGAUAAAGUCGGAUUCCCGAGCGAUUCUGGCGAUACACACGCACAUGGUGGCGCACAAUUCCCGGCUGUCGGUCACGCACAACGGACACAACACAUGGAAACUGCACGUGGCGAACGUUCAGAAGAACGAUUCCGGCACGUACAUGUGCCAAGUCAACACUGACCCCAUGCGUAGUCAGAUGGGAUACAUGGAAGUAGUGAUACCGCCCGACAUAAUGGACGACGAGUCCUCAGAUGGUAUGGUCACCCACGAGGGCGGCAGUAUAAGGCUGCGAUGCGUCGCUACCGGGUCGCCGAAACCGAUCGUCACCUGGAAACGGGAGGACGGCCGCAACAUCGUUCUCCGGGAGGACGGACAGAAACAAUCCGUGAAGACCUUCGUCGGCGAGACGCUGGAACUAACAGGGGUGCUUCGACAAGAGAUGGGCACGUAUCUCUGCAUAGCCAGUAACAACGUGCCGCCAACGGUCAGCAAGCGUUACUCCGUCGAUGUUCACUUUCAACCUCUUAUUAAGGUGACAAAUCAAUUGGUGGCUGCACCAGUUAACAGCGACGUCGUCCUACAAUGUUAUGUCGAAGCAUCCCCGCACGCCAUGAAUACUUGGUACAAAGAUCCAGACGAGAAACUGCUGCCCAGUGACAAGUACGCGAUGUCGGAGUUCGCGCUGAGCGAUUACUCCUGGCAAAUGAAUCUCACUGUCAAUUCCCUGGAAAAACGGGACUUCGGCGGAUACGUGUGCUCGUCCGUCAACGCGCUUGGAAGGGCCGAUGGCGUGGUGCGAUUGCAAGAGUUGCAUCUAUCCGCGAAGACAACGCCGACAACACUCACGAAGAACACCGACCUUAGGCCGCGGAAGAAGCCGAUAACGAAGGGCAAAAAAAAGAGCAACAACGGCAGACGAGGACACGCGAAUGGCUUCGAGGACACCGACUCGAUCGGAAGCGACGAUGAUCUCGGUACCACGCAGAUCAUGUCGGGUAGCACUCUUCAGGAAGGCCAAAGAACGGACAGGCCCCACGUUGUGCCUUCCGUGUCCCCGCCCUGGGACACCAAGCUGAACGCCGCGAACUUCAGGCACCCGUCGAUCUCUGCUACCGCGAUUCUGCUCUUGCUUGUUCUGCCGACCACUUUGUAAAACGGCAUCUUGACGGACGAAGAGCUCGCGACAAUGGUUGCGAGAGCGAUGGCGAAGAUCCACGCGGCGACCCGCGAAGAUCCGGAUAGUUUCGCAAGAUCUUUCGCGAGCGAAUACAGGUAGAAGAACUUAUUUUUCGAGCGUUGACGCUAAUUAAUACUGACUGUUGCUUGAGAGCCGGAAAUCUCGAGUUUUCCGCGCACCCCUUUGUCUUUCGCACGGAGAAACAAAUUUGAUUGUAUUAACCUAUCAAUGAACGAACGCGUUUUGUUUGAAAAGAGAUAGAAUUUCUGGCUGCUUACGAGUCAAAUAUGAAGGUGUAAAAAAAACCAAACAUAUCAAGAGUAAACAUUUGUUUUAGUGCACUGAGAGAAAUUAUCCGAUAAAAAAUUAAAAACGGAUAUUUACGAUCAAAAUACCGAUGAAUUUUUAUAUUCAAUUGGGAAACAUCCGAUGAGAAAUAUCGGUUCAUAAUUUUCUAAUCGAUUUAUAA